AAAAUAUAAAAGCGACCGGCCCAACCGCAAUUUAGUUCAGUCAGCUGAAAACAAGUUUUGCGGUUACCCGCGUGCGCGCGUCUGAAGAUCUCCGGCUCUGUGUUGCCUGCCACUUGGGGAGGACCCCAGCAGACUCCGACCGUUGUUCGUCCGCACAUUGUGGUGGACUGUGAAUUAAUUCCAAAGUUCAGCAACAGCGCGGGAGGAAGAAAGUCCAAAAGCUAGAAUGGUCGUCGUCGUCGUCGCUUUCGGUCGUGCUGUGCGGGUGACGUUGGUUCUGCUGCUGUUGGUGCAGGUUGUGGCGAAGGUGGUGGACGGUGCGGCAACCGGGAUGGAAGAAGAACCCGACCGGAAAAUGCAUCCACAGUCGUUUAUGUUCGAAGAAGAAGUAACGAUGACGACGGCAACGAGGCAGAAGCGUUCCUCGGGGAAGAUGCCAAGACUUCGGUUCAUGCCGUCCGAUAUCGAGCGGCACCAGGACUACUGGAGGAACGUCGCCCAGAGCACGUUGGCCCGGCAGUUGGGCAAAAAUCAACUCAAUACCAAGGUGGCCAAGAACAUCAUUCUGUUCCUGGGCGAUGGGCUCUCCAUUCCGACGCUGGCAGCCACCCGGGUUUUCCUGGGGGAUGAGAGCACCGAGUUGUCAUUCGAGAAAUUUCCCUACGUCGGAUUGUCCAAAACGUACUGCGCCAAUGUGCAAGUUGCGGACUCUGCCUGCACGGCCACUGCUUAUCUGGCGGGAGUGAAAGCCAACUACGGAACCAUCGGUCUGUCGGCAGCUGCCCCUCUGGGGGAUUGCUUGGCCCAGAACAACACCGACCAUCAUGUGCAGUCGAUUGCAAAGUGGGCGCAGGACUACGGAAUGGCAACCGGUUUCGUCACCAACACUCAAGUGACCAAUGCAUCACCAGCCGGUGUAUACGCGAACGUAGCCAACCGCAACUGGGAGAACGACGCUGCUGUCCGGCAAGACGGGUUCGAUCCAAACAUUUGCUCGGACAUUGCCACUCAGCUGAUCCACGGGGAAGUCGGACGACAUCUGAAGGUAAUAAUGGGCGGCGGACGCCGUGAGUUCUACCCGAACACCAGCACUGACGUCGAAGGUAUUCCCGGGCGCCGAACCGAUGGCAACGAUCUAAUCAAACAUUGGCUUCAUCACAAGCGUUCGCAUCAUAGCGGGGGAGAAAGAGCGGCAUUAUACGUUCAGAAUCGUGAUGAAUUAUUGGAGGUUGGCGAAGACACCGAGCACUUGCUGGGUCUAUUCGAUGCAAAUCAUCUUCCGUACCAUAUUGAUGCCGAUGCCAAGGUGAUACCAACACUGGAGGAAAUGGUCGGCAAGGCGCUGGAUGUGCUGGAACGGGACAGUAACCAUCGGGGCUAUUUUCUCUUUGUGGAAGGAGGACGUAUUGACCAUGGCCAUCAUUAUACCCAGCCUGUGAGGGCUUUCGAUGAGACGGUCGAAUUUGCCAAAGCAAUCGAGCUCGCUCGUCGGAGGACAUCGCUCGAGGACACGCUGAUUGUAGUCACAGCGGACCAUUCCCAUACCAUGACCAUGAGUGGAUACUCGAGUCGACGCAACGACAUUCUCGGUAUCAACAACGGGCAGCAUGCGGAUGAUAGUCUACCUUACGCCACCAUCAGCUACGCCAAUGGACCGGGGUACGAGCGCAACGUGGACCGAGAUGGCCGGUUAAAUCUGGACCAGGUGAAUAUGCACGAAAAGGGCUUCAAAUUCCCCAGCACCGUCCCGCUGAGUCUGGAGACGCACGGCGGGGAUGACGUGGCCGUGUUUGCCAGCGGUCCCUGGUCCCACCUGUUCUCGGGUACCUACGAGCAGAACUUCAUUCCGCAUGGUAUGGCUUACGCAGCCUGUAUCGGGUCGGGACGAACCGCCUGUGGUGAUCAGUGACUCCAACCCUUGCCACCCCUCAUGACGACCGAAAGUAACGAAUCUCAGAAAGAAUAAAUCCAAUUUAUCAUACAC